AUGGACUAUCCAUCACCUGAAAAACCCCUUGAGUCCAGGCUGAAUUGGAACGAGACCUCUGGAACGCUCUCAACGCCUCAGAAUCCAUUCCCGACGCCACUUAGCCACUCGCCAUCAGAGGCCUCGGCGACCAAUUUGUCGCAUUUAUUUCAAUUGAAUGCUUCGUCUUCGUCGUCUGCCCCCGGUUCGGUUCCCGGCGCGCCCAAAGUAGCUAUCCCCCGGCUACACCCAGGCGACGUAUCGCAUGGGCGCCGUCGCUCGGCGCGCGCAUGCGAGCCCUGUCGCACGCGCAAAAUCAAAUGUGAUGGUUUGCGACCGUCAUGCGGGCAAUGCGUCUACCACCACCAGCAAUGUUCCUACGAGGAUGUGAAAAGAGUCCGCGACCAGAAGCGAUUGGGAUCUCUAGCGAAGCGAGUCGAGGCGUACGAAGCCUUACUACGAGAUCUGGAAAGUGAGGUGGAUAUGGAGACGGCUCGCAAGAUUAGGAAAACUAUGAAGAAUCCUGGCAAGCCACCGCCGAAGAACGAUGACGGCUCCGAUUCUGAUUCCUCAAUGGGUUCUCUGGAGGCCAUUGAUCAAGUCGACGAAGACUUGAACCGAAAUGAAGGUACGCGUGCUUCCGGUUUCUUUGGGAAGAAUUCCGAAAUCCAGUGGAUGCGCAAGCUGGAAAGUGGUGUGAGUAUGCAGGAUGCGUCGACUUUUGCCCGGCAGCCGCUCGACAGGAUCGUCUCGACUUCAAUGAUGGACUAUCAUUUGGAUAAUUCGGAGAUUCCGUUAAUCGAACCAUGCGAUCCUUUCGCUGUUCCACCGCGUGAAGUAGCCGACAGGUAUUUCCACGCCUUCUUGACUUACGUUCAUCCAACAUUCGGCGCGAUCCGUCUGAGCACGUUUGUUUCCCAAUACCAAAACUUCUUCAACCGCGCAUCGUCUCCGCCGCUGAAAUGGCUGGCGAUCCUCAACAUGAUUUUCGCAAUUGGUUGCCGUUACACUUGGCUCGUGAAUGGCCCUGGUUCUGGUUCUAGCGAGGAAGAUCUGGUCUUUUUAACCCGAGCGCGCCAUCUCGGUUUACAUAGUAAAGUUCUUUUCGAGCAUACCGAUCUCCAGCAAAUCCAGCUGGAACUGCUAGUGGCCAUAUAUCUCAUAUGUAUGGGGCAGGUCAACAGGGCCUCAAAAUUCUCCAACAUGGCUCUUCGCUCUGCGCUAUCCUUGGGCAUCAACCUGCGCUUAACGGAUGACCGAACUGCAGCCGCCGCAAAAGAAGCCAGAGGUCGUCUUUGGUGGUCCAUCUACUCAAUGGAACAUCUUCUCACUUCAAUGACCGGCCGCGCCUCCUGCGUCAGCGAGAACCUCUGUUCCGUCCCACCUCCUCUUCCCUGCGAAGAAGAAUCCUUCAGCCAGCCCGAAGCAGAGCGGCUCUUGCAAGACCCGAAUCUGCGUGAAUCUCAACUGACACCCACCCUAUUUGAAUCCUCCACCCAAUUCGAAUCUCCGGCUUGGAUCUCUUCAUGUGCUCCCUGUCCCUCCCUCUUCUUCAACUACCUCGUCGACCUGAACCUCAUCACCCACGCCCUGAUGAACAAAGUAUAUUCAAUCGAAGGCCUUCGAAAAGGCCCCUCCCAAAUUGAAUACCACGUCUCCAAAUUCGGCACCAGACUAAACCGCUGGCUAGACAAACUUCCCCCAUUCUACCAAUUCACCCUCCCCGAAGCCGGCCCCUGGCACCUCAACCACAACAACCUCGACGAUCUAUCCGCACCCUUCGUCCGCGAUCGCGUCUGUCUGGCAAUGUCUUACUACUCCGCCCGAAUCACCCUCUGCAGACCCUGCCUAACACACAUCCACACCCAAUCCUCACAGAUCCGCUCACCAGAAUCAAGCGGGGCUCCACGCGCCAGAUCCCGCGCCGACACAGCAACAGAAUGCCUCCAAGCUUCCUGCGCCAUGAUCUCCAUCUUCCCAGACGACCCCAGCAUGUCCUGGCUGGCGCGCACUGCGCCCUGGUGGGGUGUCCUUCACUAUCUCAUGCAGGCAACGUCCGCCCUCCUCUUGGGAUUAUCGUAUUGUUCGCAUGCGCGGAUGAAGAGUCCCGACGCGACGCCGGGCUCGCCUGCUACCCCGGCUGUGUACCCGCCUCUUCUGGAGACGGAUAUGAGUACGGCUAUUAAUUCGGCGAGGAAGGCGAUGCAGUGGCUUCAUAUUAUGGCUUCUGUGGACCCGGCGGCGAAGAGGGCGUUUGUGCUUUGUGAGGGUAUUGUGAAGAGUAUUGCGCCGGGGCUUGAUAUUGAUUUGCGGAACUGGCCUGAUGGGUUGGGAUUCGCUGAAGCGAUGCGAGAGAGUCGGGCUUCCAGUGGGAAUGGGAAUGGGAAUGGAAAUGCGUAUGGGUAUGAGAGCACUGGAAGUGGCAACGGAAAUGAAAAUGGAAAUGGAAACGGUAGAGAAAGCGGUCCUGAUAGCGGGAGUGGAAUGGAGGCUUUUGAGGAGUUGGUUGAUUUUGAAGGAGGGGUUUUUUAA